AUGAAUUGCCUGAUAACUUUAUUCUUAAGUAUAUCCCUCUUCAGCGUACUAUCUGUAACACAGACUACUGAAAAAGCUAAUUCAGAAGUUGUAUACAGAUAUCCAAAACCUGUUCCUCAUCCAUCUGUGUAUUUUGAUGAUCCUGUAGUGAACUUCGAAGAUCUUACAUUCACAAAAUUUAUACAUUAUAUGGUUAAGAAAUUACUAUGGAUAUUUGAUUUACCCAAUAAACUUCAGGUAGAAUAA